GGAAACACUAACGCUUUUUUACUGUAGGGACCGCCAAAAUCAGUACAAAAUGAUAAUGAAAUGAAAUGAAAUGAAGAUAAUAAAAAAUAACCGUAAGGUUCAUGUACGUCGGGCCAGUAAACACAAUCAGCCAGUUGCCCGAACAGGCCACUGCUCACAAAAGUUUUUAUGUUUUUUUUUUCACGGGUACCUGGUUCUUGGCAUUUUGGAUUCAGUUCCAACUUGGAAACCGGGUUUCGGUUCCCGACCCUAUAAAAUUGUUUGUGUCUGUUCUAGACGUUUCCUGUUAACCUGUUGUUUUCUCUCUUCAUCUAUGCUUUGUUGCCUUUACCUCCUCUGUUCUUUCUGGCUAGUUAAGACCUGGAAGUGAAAUAGACGAAAUGUGUCCGACAGCACCAGAAUGAACGACUCAUGACAAAACCAUUCAGAUAAUGGAUUUUACCCAUCCAAGAAGCUGACAUCCAGUCCCAUUCAAUAACCCUAUCCUUUGUUUUUUAACUUUUCAGCUUUUCAUUGCUAUCGGAGCAUUGUGCCCCGUAUCCUGCUCCAGAGUCCCUAAUGAGCCCCCUACUUGGACCCAUCAUUAAUACCAAUCCCUGACCUUCUGAAGAUUGCAAACACCAUGUCCCAUCCCCUGUAUAACCCCUAUGCCUCUGGGGACCAAAGUUCCACCCAGGGGCAGUAUGGACUCUCCAGUACACAGGCAGAGAGGGACUCUCGGAGGGCAUCUUCUCGCCUUGAACCUGGUUCCAGCUUCAGUUCUUCUGGAGCUUCUUCUGUGCCUCCUGCCAACUCUGGGGGAAUGCGCCCUUCGCUGCUGCCUCAGUCGAUGAGCUACAGGCCUGAACAAAGUAGGUCCGUAAUAGACAAGAAUAUUGAGAGGUCUGUAGACAUGCAUAUUAGCAGAGCCAGAGAGGAGGUGAGGUUUCUUGGCAAACCAAUGCAUCAGCCCAUAGACCAGAGCGCUCACUUUACCAGCACUCGAAGAGAUGAGUUUCUCUCCUCAGGCACAGGGAUGGUCUCCUACCCAAGGUCCUCAAGCUCUGCCGCUCUAGGACAUAGACACUCGGGUGUUGAAAGUGGCAGUAGCUCCUUGGACUGGUCAUCAAACUACACAAGGCCCACUGCAGAUGACCCCUCUAGAUUUUAUUCAUCAUCUGCUUCGUCUAACUAUGCAAGCGGUGGUGACGGUAGGUUUAAUGCCCCCAGUGAAAGAGAACGUGAUAUGCAGUCCAUUCCAGGGUUAAGCAAUUUUGACUAUCCAGUUCCAGACAAACCUGCGGCCCCUACGGAGUCCAGUCGACCCAAAUACACCUCUGAAUCAGCUUCUAACAUUCUUCUGCACUUUGGACUUGAAAAAGACGACUUGGAACAUCUCAUCUCCUUCCCUGAAGACCAGAUCACCCCUGCUAACCUGCCGUUCAUCUUGCGGCAAAUCCGGAUGGAGAAGGCUAAGAGAGCUGCAACUGUAGUUCAGUCAAAACUCUGCCCCGAACCCCAACCCGCCAGAAGUGUGAGUGGAAUGGACAGUCACAGUUUGAGUAGUUCUGGAGGGGUGAGGAUGCACCAGGAGGAAAUGUCAUCGUCUGUUGUCCAGCCGAGUAGAGUGAUUGACUAUGGACAUACUGGCAAAUAUACUGGAGGGAUUAGGGAUGAGAUUGGAAGGACCAGUGGCAGUAGAGCUAACAGUGGUGGGAGUAUGCUGCUAAUGAACACUUAUGACAGUAACAGAAACAGUCAAGGACCACUACAGAAAACUACAACAGAGGUGAAAAGCAGUGCCUUUGGUUCUUCACGUGACCAGGCAAGUUCUGUUUCCAGUCUCAGCUCUUCGUACAGUUCAGUACUGAGCUCUGUGGCUCCCCCAAGCAAUGAUCAGACUAAACAAAUGCAGACCCAACCAAACCAGAAUUUCAAAUCAAUCCUCAGCUCUUUCUUCUCUCUGCCAAAGGAAGACACAGACAUCAGAGUUCUCAAGUCUGAAGCCUCCAAACCCGUACCUCUGAAAGAACCAGAGGCAGAUCGCCAGUCAACGUCGAAAACCCAACCAUCCUCCACUCUGUACCAUGUUGUGCAUCCCAGCCGACCUGGCCCUGUGCUCACUGGCAGUGAUGACGCCAGUGGUACUAAGGUUCAUAGUAAAACUCCAGGACAAGGGUCAACCGUAGCUGAGCAGAUGAAAAAGCAGCAGACACAGCAGCUGAUGAUGAUGCAGCAUAUGCAGAAGGAGCAGAUGCAGAAGCAGCUGCUGCACAAGGAGCAGAUGCAGAAGCAGAUACUGCACAAGGAGCAGAUGCAGAAAGAGCAGCUGCUGCAGAAGGAGAAGAUGCAGAAAGAGCAGCUGCUGCAGAAGGAGAAGAUGCAGAAAGAGCAGCAGCUGCAGAAAGAGCAGCAGCUGCAGAAGGAGAAGAUGCAGAAAGAGCAGCAGCUGCAGAAAGAGCAGCAGCUGCAGAAAGAGCAGCAGCUGCAGAAGGAGAAGAUGCAGAAAGAGCAGCAGCUGCAGAAGGAGCAGAUGCUGCAGAAGGAGCAGAUACAGAAGCAGCAGCUGCAGAAGGAGCAGAUGCAGAAGGAGAAGAAAGAGAAGAAGGAGCAUAAGGAGCAGAAGGAGCAACAAUCAAGGCAGCAGAUGCAGCAGCAGCAGCAGAUGCAGCAGCAACAGCAGAUGCAGCAGCAGGCACCGAUACAGCCAGUAUCACAGACGGGGCAGGCCAUGUGGCCUCCAGUUUUUUCUACUGCGCAAUCAGUUCCUCCUGCUUCUCACAUCCCCAACAUCACUGGUCCCAUGCAACGUCUUGGUGGUCUUCACCCCAUUGUUAUUCGAUUGCCUCAGCCUCAGCCAAUCCCGGGCCUGAUGAACCUCAAUCAUCUGAUGCUGUCCAGUUCCUCCAGGCGUUUGGCAAACGUGGCAGUCUCCAAGGGUCAGCCAACAGCGGCCAUGAUGCAUGACUAUGCGGCGGCCACUCCGAGACUCUUUCCACAUACCUGUUGUCUGUGUAACAAAGAAUGUACUCGAAUGAAGGAUUGGAUCUCCCACCAGAACACCUACAUUCACCUUGAGAAUUGCAAAUUACUCCGUACACGAUACCCAGAGUGGGAUGGUGAGAUCGCACUUGAUCCCAGUGCUGCAGGUAAAGAUGACGAGCCCUCAACUUCUUCACAGACUUCCCAGCAUCGUCAGAAAGCCAGGCAUGAAAGCCGCUCCCGUUCCCGUUCACCCAGCCCCCGUCGCCACCACGGCUCAGAGGGUAGACAGGAGAAACGCAGUCGCAGGUCUCGUUCUCGCUCCCCAUGGUAUGACCGCCCUACCUCCACCCGCUAUCAGUCACCUUCAAAGAGCCCUGAGAGACGAUCUUCACCUAGGCGGAGAGACAAGAAAAGGACUUCACCAAGGAGGAGAAACGAUAGACGAUCAUCUCCAAAGAGGAGCCGUGAGAGACGAUCGCCAUCAAGGAAUAGUGACGACAGACGAUCGCCAUCAAGGAGUAGUGAUGACAGACGAUCGCCACCAUGGAGGAGCGAUCAGAGACGAUCAUCUCCAAGGAGGAGCCGUGAGAGACGAUCAUCUCCAAGGAGGCUCCGUCAGAGACGAUCAUCAUCAAGGAAUAGUAACGAGAGACGAUCGGCAUCAAGGAGUAGUGACGAGAGACGAUCGCCAUCAUGUAGGAGUGGCAAGAGACGGUCGCCAGCAAGGAGGAAUGAUCAGAGACGAUCGCCUCAACGAAAGAAGUCGAGCAGUGCAGAGAGGCUGGCUAAGAAAAUACUGGAAACAGCAGCUGUCAAGUCUCUGUCGAACCAGUCUGACCUGGAGGCUGUGGUUAAAACUCUGACUCCUGCCUUACUAGCCGAGCUAGCCAAGAUGAAGUCCUCAUCAGCCUCCUCCUCUUCUCCUGCCUCUUCCGCAUCAGUCUCCUCUACAGCAAAGAAGGAGUUAACUAAAAAGGCCUCUAAAGCAAAGACCAGCGAGUCUGAAAAUUCUUUACCCCCAACCAUGGUGAAACUAAAUGGGAUUCAUAGUUAUGUCUCUCACAAUGAUGUGUUGGCUGCAGUGGAGCACUUUGGAAAAACCAAGUCAGUUGUACUGUUUCGGUCCAGAAUGGAGGCAAUCGUGUGUUUCGAGAAAGAGGAAGACGCACAGAAAAUGAAGAGCGUAAAAAGCCUAGAUGCGAAAGGAGUGGCAAUCACUGUUGUCAGAGAAAAGGAGACUGUUUCUAACGAGCAAAAUUCCAAGCUUAAAGAAUCUGAAACCAAGGUUCAAGAAGCUGUGCCGAAAAGCACAGCCAAGGUUGUUGAAAAAGCAGAUGUGACAGUUUUUGAACCUAACCAACAGUCAGAACAUGACGAAGCCAAUGACGCCGAAGACGCUGAACCAAUGAAGGUUCGGGAAAUAGGAGCUGAAGUGGCAGAAAAACCAACAACUACAGAGGCUGUACCAGAAAAUUCAGCAGUCAAAUCCAAUGAGAGCCAACCACCAAACAGUACAGUUGCUUUACCACACGUCCAGCAAAGCAUCUUGUCAGAACCAGAGUCCACUACACAAGGACUGGAGACCAAGACGGUGGCUUGUCACAUGCAACAGCAGGCUGCAGGAAGCUCAACUGGAACCGCUGUGGAGGCAGAACUGCCAGGUGGAGGGGUGAAGAAAAAAAGAAGGAAGAAAGGUCCUGCUGCAGUUAAGACACAAACGGGUCCGACUGUUGGGGAGACGGUAGAAAAGCACCUGCUUGAAUCCAACAUUGCGUUCUACAUAAGGAGCACCUGCUUCUCGCAAAUAGACAAGCAUGGUCAGAAGCAGCUGUUCAUAGCCAACCUGCCGGAGUAUCACGAUGGCUGCUACACAGAGGAUGACCUUGCCAAACUGCUCAUGCCAUUUGGGUUUCAACAUAUAGAGGACAGCAUCUAUGUUGUUCCUCAGACGCGCAUGGCCUUCGUCAUGAUGCGAACAUUUGAGAGUAUGAUGGACACUUUGAAAGCCUCCGAAACGAAGGGCAUUAUUUUCAAAGGGUCUAAACUCCGUUUGCAAGCAGUAGCCAGCGGCAUAACCAUGACGCCGCUUGGGUUUUAUAAAUCUCUGAUGAAGCUGAUGCAUUUUCCGGUGGUUGAUGAUGGAUUGAAAAUAAUCUUCAUCAAGAACAUUUCCCCGAGCGAGGCCAAGGAGCUCAGAGAAGCUUUGAACAAAAUCCUUUGUCAGCCUCUCAGGAACUUCCUGCCUGUCCUCAACAAGGUAUUCAUAGAAGUCGAGUCCAUUCUCGAUGCUGAUCGAAUCGGAGUUUGGUACAGUAUCCUGAAACAAGCUCCUGGCCACGAAGUCCACAGGCUGCACACACUGGACACAAUACCAGCCUGUCAGACGGAACGAGAUGACGUUCCGCUACUCACCAUUGGACCAUUUUGGGUUACGAUGAGAACUAAUCCCUUCAUGUUUCCCAUCGGGUUUAGUUGUUUCACCUACCCAGAUUUCCUGACAGUGGGAGGACUGAACGACAUUGAGAGGGCCAGUGAUUGCUGUUCCACGUCCCCCACAAUCAUGUUGACUGGUUUGCCAGGAUUUGGCAAUUACAAGCAUGAGGACGUGGCCAAGCUGGUCUGGCGGUAUUUCCCCAAACAGAACCUUCACUCCCUGUACUACAACGUGACGGUCUUACCGCUGCAGAAGAGGGCCUUUGUGUUUUUCGACGAUUGGACUGCGUGCUCCGAUUUUGUCCGAGAUCACAUCAAACAUCCAGUUAUUGUCAAAGGCUGCGUGCUCAGUGUUCACUUCGUCUUGGAAGACAUGCGUCCUGAAUCCUGUGAGGAGAUGAUGUACACAACUCUGAUGAAGUUGAGCAACGCUGAGAGUCAUGACAGCGACUGUGGCCCAGAGGUAGAGCAGGUUGUCGACCAACCGGAAUUUCGGCGGGUCCUCCGGUCACAUGCAGAAGUGUCAUUCGGCAAGAUACCGAACUGCGGAUUGCUCACGAAGGAUUUGCCAGCAUUUAGAUUAGAUCCUGAUGGGCAGGGAGUUCCAGAGUCAAAGUCUCUGGAGGAGCGGUUGCUGUGCGUGGAGAUUUCUGAGACGUCUCUGUGCGUCAUCAAUGUGGUCAUGGAAAUGGUGGCGUCCAUCGCGACCUUUGUCAGCUUUCUGCCGCUCGCCAACAGGAUAUGCAUUGAGAUGUCUGACUCCAGCGGUGUAACCAAGGUGGUGGAGAGAUACAACACUUUCACACCGGACUGUACUGAAAAGCGUGAAGCUUGGAGAAAAGUUCAACGUGUAGAGCCUGUGAAGAGCCUAAAACAGCGUCUACAAGAUUCUAGUGAGAUCACAAUAAACUUUGGACCAGACACCAUCUAUGUCAAAGCCAAGCCCCCGGCUGUGAUUUGUCAAACCCAGCCUCCCGUUUCUGAACUGUCGGAUAAUGGGUCACAACCUGCUCUGCAAACCAGUGGUCCUGGUGGAUCAACCAUUUCUGAGCCCAUCACAACAGAACCAAGUACUACCGCCGCAAGUGACGUAGCAAUGAAGGAGGAUGGCGAGAAACCAGGAACUGAGAUCGCCAUGGACUCCACUGUUGGUCCAGAGGCAAAUGAGGAUGUAGAGAAAGCAGAAGUAAAGGAGGAAGAGGGGUCACUAACUACUUUAGGCUCUACGGCUGAUGUGAGCUCAACCUCUGCCGUCAGCGGUGGGAACACAGUCCCAGCUGCUUCCAGUCCUGUCCCCUCAGCCACAGCGCUCACGCCUGAAGAAAACUUUGCAGAACUUCCUCAGAUCAAUACGGCCAUUUUCCAGGCCUUCAAGGCAGCAGUUCACAAACACAGGCUCACCCAGGAGAGCACAUCCCAGAGUGAGGACAAGGAGGGUCAGGAUGAUGUUACAGAUGACAUCGCUUCGUCAGACGACUGUCAAAAGUUUAGCAUGGAUGACUUUGUCACUGUUGACGAAGUUGGUGAUGACAUGGGAGACACAAGCCCCGAACCUCAUAGCUCCUCUUCACCCAAGCAGUCCCCCAGAGCGAGCAGCGAAAGGCAAAGCUCAGAUGUGUCAUCCGCUGGCAAACGGAUCUCAACGAGGUCUUCGAAAGACUCUAAGAGCUCAGCCUCUUCCUCAUCCUCUUCAUCCAUGUUGAAUAAAGGCUCAAGCUCUUCGAGCUCUGUGUCACCAGACAAGUCCAAGGACUCAUCUGAGCCCACCAAAUCCCCUACCAAACCCUCGGCCUCUGCCAGUGUCGUUAAGGCCUCCUCCUCUUCUCCGCCGUCUACUGAAACCCCUUCUUCCCCUGGUCAGAAAACACAACACAGCAAGACAAAAUCUCCAGUCAAAGCAUCAAAUACUGCAUCCCCCCAUUGUAGUACCCGCUCAUCCUCCGCUGCACGUCAAAAGGAAAGGAUAACAUCGGCAACAACUGUAAAGGCAUCAAUGGAGACUCAUUCUGAGCCACUUAGAGAAGAAGCAAAAGACAUAGAGAGAACAGUGGCAAAGUCUGACCACAAAGUGUCAGCAGAGGGUGCUGCAAAAACUGUUGAGUCAGAGACAAAAACAGAAACAUCAUCAGAGAUGCAUCCACCUCUACAGGGACAUGGAGUACAGUUGAGCCAAGCCCAGAGUCUGGAGACUGAUUUUAAUGUCAACGCACUCAAAGACUUGAAGAAAAGCAAAGAGGAAGGGAAAGAAGAUGAUGUUGACACACAUAACGACGACAACGAUGAAAAAUACCAAAUCCUUGAUUCACUUGAUCAAACGGAUGAACCGAUGGAUGUUGGGGUUCAAGACGGCAGCUCUGAAGUCCAGCUAACUGGACCCGAGGGAGGCCAGAGUUUGCAUGAGGAAAGCUUUCAGGUUUUGGACAGUGUCAACGAUGAAGGCAAAGCCCGCCUUGAGGAGAACAGUGAAAUGGAAAUGGACAGUUCUUUCCAAGUGUUGGACAGUGUUACUGAAGACCAAGCAGCUACAGGUCAAGAGGACAGUCACCUGGUACAAGAUGAUAGUUCCACAGGAAAGAAACUGUCUGAGGCAGACGCAAUUUCAGCAGGGGACAAAUCUGAUAAAGCUUCAGCAGGUAAAGACCAUGAGACAAAUGGGAAGAACAGAAAAGUGGAAGAGGUUACAGUCAAAAUGCUUCCUGCAGAGUCCUGCAAUGCCUCCAAAGAUGUGGAAAAUACUGGUAGCCGAAUCCCUAAUGAAGACCAGCCUCCUCAAGACCCCAACAACAAAGAAACGUUAAAAGACCCUGACAGUGAUGUUACUGAACAAGAAACCUUUGAGAUAUUGGAUUCAAUUGAUGGUCAAACUUCAACAGAAGAUGACACCCAGAACCUCAAAACUCCCAGUGACCAGACAUCUAAAGAGGACAUUAGGCCCACGGAGGAAGACACCUAUCAGGUAAAUGAUUCUGUGGAAGAUCAGCCAACGACUACAGAGACCGAUUCAGAGACUGGCAACAAGGGUAAAAGAAACAUUAGAGGACAAGCGACUGCUAGAAAAGAUGAUGGUACAUCAAAGAGGACUGGCCCCAAAACCAGAGCUUCCAAAAGUGAAAAGAUGGAGAAAUCACCAGAGAAACAGGACAGGAUGGUUAAAAAAUAUGAAACACGGACGAAGAUGGACACCAACGAAGGACUUUCUAAAAAAGGCAAAGAGGUCACUGAGGAGACGGUGUAUAAGAAAGAAGAUUUUGUUGAAGACAAACCGGUUCAAGAUGCUGCCAACACAGAGAUAACUGGUAGAAGAAGGAGUGCAAGAGGAAAGAAACAGGAUCAAAUGACCUUGAAUCUCACAGAAGCAUCUGAAAAACCAGAGGAGGCUGUGGAGGACGAAACUGCCAAUGAUGAACCAACCAUCACAACAAGAUCUACCAGGGGAAAAAGGGAGAGAACAACUAAGAAAGAUGCUUCAAAUGAGAAAACAAAAAAAGAAGAGACGCCACCAAGAAGGAGGCACACUCCUGCCAGAGAGUCACAGGAACAAAACCGAGAAAAAACACCAGAGAAAGAGGAGAAAACCCCUCCAAAAGAGAGCACACCAUCAAAGACGAGUGACAACAGUGUAAGGGGGCUACGUGAGGAGCAUGCUACGUCUGAAGUAUUGGACUCUGUGGAGGACGAGGUUGUUCAGGAUGAUCGGCCCGCUACAAAAAGAAAAGGAAAAAGGGGAAGACCAAAGAAAGCCGUUAAAACAACUCAGAAAGACAGCGUAAAAUUAGAAAAAGUGGUUGAUGAGGAAGAGGCAACAUAUCAGAUUCUUGAAUCUGUGGAAGAUAAGACGGCUGACGUUCAGCCCCCCACCGAGAAAAAUACUCAAAAAGAUGACCAGCAAACAAAGAAAAGUGGAUCUCUUACAGGAUCUCCCAAAAAUGAGGAUGAGGAGGAAGAGCCUAGGUAUCAGAUCAUAGAUUCCCUGGAAGACGUUCAAGCUCAAGAAAAGCUGACAGCCACAGAAGACAAGACAAAAGAUGAAACUCCUACAAAAGAAGAAGCAUCACCUGAAAAAGAAGACAUACCAACAUGUGGUACCACAGUUGAGGGGGUGUCUGAAAAAGUUGUCGUUAGCAAAUCAACAGCUAAAUCCCAAAGCGAUACUGCCAUACUUGAAAGGGAGAUCGAACAAAAAUCAGCUGAAAAAGACGACCCAACGAGCACUCUGGUGAAUUUGGACGAAGUGAGCGUAGACCCCAAGGAGACGGUGGAGGUAGACUCCAAGGAGACGGUGGAGGUAGACCCCAAGGAGAUGGAGACUCUGGAUGAGGUGGGAGCAGAUGAGGCCGUAGAGGAAAGAGCGCCGGAGAGCCGAGAGCAGGAUGGGGAUAUCACGAAGGGUGACCUGCAGACACUCGUCACUCUGGAUGAGUUCGUAGAAAAAGAGGAGGACGGGAAGGCCGAGCAAAUCCCGCUGGAGACCCACCCACCCAGCCAGGAGGAUGAAACAGUGGACUUCUUAAACUCGGAGACUUUUGUGACUUUAGAUGAAGCUGACGCUGAUGAGGAAGAGAAGCCACACGAAGAGCAAGCUGAGAAAACCUCAAGUUCUGCCAAACGCAGACACGAUGAUGACACAGUUUUAGAGGAAAGUGUGGACUUUGUGACAGUAGACGAGGUGGGAGAGGAGGAGGAAAAGGAAGCGGUAAAAACCAGGACAAGAGGACGACCCAAGAAGAGAACCAGACAGACCCCUGUGAGAAAAUCUACCAGAGGGAAAAAAGUGACUGAAGAAGAAAGGGAACCAACUGGCACUGAUUUACUGCCUCCAACUCCACUCGAUGCCUCCUCAUCUCUGGACAAAGAUCCGUCUACGCUGUCAAGCGAUGGCCAGCCGGAGAUCCAGAAGACAGAGGUGGAAGCAGCGAUCCAAGCCGACAUCGAUGCUUCCUCUGCUGGGCAGGAACUGCAACCGGGGCCCUCUGAGAAUCAGACACUGGAGGGAUGUGUGGAGGAAGGAGAGGAGGAGAAGGAAGGAUGGAGCAGGACGGACAUUAAAGCUGUGAGUAAACGGAAGAGGGAGUUUGUCGGACCUGAAGCAAAGCGAUCUCGUUCCCAGUCUCCUUGUGUCGCUUCCCACGUCAAACUGCCGCCGUUCAAACCUGAAAACCCCCUCGGUCAGGAGUUUAUGGUGCCCAAAUUAGGGUCUUUCUGUAACCUCUGCUCUGUUUUCUGCCUGAACGAGAGCACCGCCAAGGACCUCCACUGCAGAAGCCAGGGACACUACGACAACCUGCAGAAACAUUACCAGAAGCUUCAACAGAAACCAUCAAGAAGCUCCACACAAAGUUCUCAAGGCUCCGUUUCUGAUUGAUCCCGACUUCAACUGCUGACUCUUUUUAAGGGUGUUUCGAUCAGUGUUUUUGGGGCCCUUACUUUUUUUUUUUUUCAAAAAUGUGAAAAGGUAACGCUGGACCAGUGAAACAUCUGCAGUUUUACAAACCACUGCAGUGGAGCUUAGCUGACAAAUCAAUGUGUAUAAGAAGAGAAGAUAAUACUUAAUCAGAAACAAGCAGAGUUUCAUCAUAAAGUCAGUAACGGUUACAUAUUUGGAUGUUUGGAACUAUAAAAGGUGUUACAUGAUCUCUUUUAUUCAUCAUUUAGCAAUCACUACAGUGAUUAUAGUGUAUAUAUAUAAUUUACGUUUUCCCUUGUUGAUUUUCUGGAAAUUUGUUUAUUUGAUCUAAAUCUUUGUUGUGAAUUUACUUAACUGUCAAAGUCAAUACAAAUUGUAGAGAAUAUGUGAUGUGAUGUUUUUUGUUUUUCCUCCUUUUUGAAAAUGGCACCAACUCAGUUUUGCACAUGCAGGUGUAACAUGCCAAUUAAAUUCUGUAAUUAAAAUAUAUCUCUACUAAAUCCUGA